AUGAAAAGAGAAGCUGAAGAAGAAAAUCAAGAUACUACCACCACUACUGCUACUGCAGCACCUACUGUGGCAGCUGCUUCCUCUGAAGCAACAGCCGAUGAUAAACCAAAACAACCAUUUAAAUACCAAAGAAAAGAUAAUAACAAUAACAAUAAUAAUCGAACAGAAGGAUACAAUAAUAGACGAGACAAUAAUAUCAAAAAGGAAGUUGUAGUUGAUACAUCAAAAGACACAGAGAUCGUAUCAUUAUUUAGAGGUUUCUCAAAAUCAUUGGAUGAAGUCAAUGAUAGAAGAGAAAGAAUUGUAAAGGUUAGUAGAGAUGUUACCAUUCACAGCAAGAGAUUGAUCUCUUUGCUUCAUAGAUCAUGUUGGGAGGAUCGAUCGACUAUUAUGAAACAGGCAUAUGAAGAUUUGGACAAGAUUCAUGUUAUGAUUGGAAACAUUAUCAACGAGUUGGAAGGUCAAGAGUACUGGAUCUACCAGAGAAACUUUACAAUGGGUAUCCAAGAAUACAUUGAAUCAAUCACUUAUUUAUACUUUUUGGAAGAUCACCAAGACGAUGGAUUGAUCACAUUAAAAGAAAUUAAUCAUAGAAUAUCAACUACUUUGAAAAGAGAAAAUCUUGGUAAUUUUAUCAUUUCAAAUGAAGAUUAUUAUUUAGGUGUAUCUGAUCUAACUGGAGAGUUGAUGAGACUUUGUACAAACUAUAUCAGUAAGCAAUGUUAUUCAGAGUGUUUCAAAAUCCAUCAGUUUGUAACCACCAUUCAAACUGGUUUCAAAUACUUUCACCUCAGUCCAAGUUUGGAGAGUAAGCUCAAUGUUACGAUGCAAAAUUUAGAAAAGAUUGAAAAGAUUUGUUGUAGCAUAAGAAUUAGAAAAGCAGAGUUCCCAAAUCAAGAUAUUAGUUUUGGUUCAUCUGAAUCUUCAGAUAAUAAUGCCAUGGAACAAUAA